AUGCCUCCGCCUUCUUGCAUCUUCAUCGUCCGACACGGUCAUCGACUCGAUUCUGCAGACAAGCAGUGGCACCUCACAUCUCCGACACCAUACGACCCUCCUCUCACAUAUACCGGAUGGACGCAGUCCAGAAUCACCGGCGAGCAAAUUGCAGCCAUCCUGCGCAAGCGCGCCCAAGAGCACGAUGCCUCGGAACCAGAAAAGAAGACGCGCCGCAAAAAGACAUUUCGAGUUGUCAUCCACACAUCACCCUUCCUUCGAUGUAUACAGACUUCGAUAGCCAUCAGUUCAGGGUUGGCGUCGAAGCCGUCGUUGCUGGCCGAUGCUAGAAGGGCCUUGUCGCCCUUGCAGCUAAGUCAGAUUGGCCAGGGCGCGGGCGCUACAGGAAACACACCACAACGGUCCAGACCUGUGGGCAAGAAGGCCGUCUUGCGUAUUGACGCCUGGCUCGGCGAGUGGCUGUCACCAACAUACUUUGAGCUCAUAACCCCACCGCCUGGAUCUGUCAUGAUGCUGGCAAGCGCCAAGGCAACACUGCUAAAGCCCGAGAACUACCACAGUUACCCGCACAUCCAGACUCGAGCACACUCAAAUUCUUUGGCCCAAAACACGAGCAGUGGCCAUCUCUGGGGUUCAGCUGGCGCGCGGGUCGGCCCGAGUCCAUUGUCGGCGGCGGCGCCAACAAGUGCGACAGGGAGUGGGUCCACUUCAGCGCCACUGGAGAACAUGGACAACAUGGAAAAGGCCUUACCGCGGCUGGAAUCACGGCAAGCAGUCGAUUGGGCUCACAGUCACAGGGGGACUAUUGAAAGCCAGAGGCCUUCAACAGCGCCGCCUGCGGCCUCAGAUGCCGAAGUUGGAGCUUACGACCCACCCGUGCCCUCGUUCUCGAUAUCCAAGAAUGCGCCCAUCCCGGAGGGAUACGUGAACCAUGCCAAGGACGCUUGCGUGGUUGUUGACUAUCAAUGGGAUUCGAUGCGCCCCCCUUAUGACUGGGGUGAUGGCGGCGAGCUGCCCGAGGAAUGGUCCGAUAUGCAUAAGCGUUUCAGCAAGGGCUUGCAGAAAUUGAUCGAUUGGUACACGGUCGAGGAGGAACCGGCAACAGCAGUGACCAGCGAAGCCAUCCGACCAAGCGCGGCGAACGGAAGUGAGACGAGGGUUGAGGACAACAAUGAGAACGAUAUUGAGACGGUGGUGAUUCUCGUGUCGCAUGGUGCCGGCUGCAAUGCCAUGAUCGGGGCUAUUGAGCACAAGCCUGCAUUAAUGGACGUGUCCUUGUCGUCGAUUUCGCUUGCAACCUUGAAGUCGAACAACAGUUUGCCAUCGAGUAAUCACGAAGGUGUUCGAAUGCACCAUAGGUACGAUCUCAAGCUGAAAGCAAAUGUGGAACACCUGCGGCCACUGGCGCCGGCAAACUCGUUGCGUUCGCCGCCAGCCGGGGGCAUGUUUGAUGGUAAUAGCAAUAGCAGGGCUCGUGCGAACCAUCAUUCCUUCUCGUCCGGAACUGCUAGCAACGGCAGCGACUGGAACUCGGCGGGUGGCGGUGGCAUGAGCAGAAAGAUAUCCUCCGGUCGCUCCAUCGCUUCCUUCAGGGAAAGUUUGCAGAGAUCUGGAGGCCGCCAAGAUGCAGCCACGCCAUCUUUCACGCCUUCAGGUCUCUCUCGCACACCAUCACUGGGUUUGUGGUCGCCAAAACCUUCCCAAAAGGUAGAUGAGGAGUGUAUUGAUGAUGAAGAAGCGGAGCUGAUAGAUUUGCGGAGAACGGAUGUUGGAAAUGGUGGUACUAUCCAUGGGGGAAACAGCCAGCAGGUUAAUCCAGUGGGCGAGGACGAAAGUGAUGAAAAGGACGUGGUUACACAGCUCCCGUCUAUGGCGGAAAGGCCGGACGUGGUGCGCGACACGAGCUGCUCAAAGCGACGAUGGACAGUGACUGACCGCGCCUAG